AUUUUGCUCCCACAAACUCGCUAGUGGCUUUCACAAGAAAUCCAACAUUUCGGGCGAGCAUCACCAAACGUGUCUUUCUUCCCUCCACACCCAACCAGACACAGUCGAGAGAGUCACCAUGUCGGCGAAGCCCACGACCAAGAAGUUCGGGAAGUCGACCCGGGAGGUUCCCGCUCCCGCCGACAAGGCCAAGAAGUGGUACAACGCCGACGACGAGAGCGAGGCUAAGAAGGUCCGCAAGGCCAUCCGCCCCUGGGCCCCUCGCCAGUCGCUCCAGCCCGGCACCGUCCUGAUCGUCCUCGCCGGUCGUUUCCGUGGCAAGCGCGUCAUCCUCGUUAAGGCCCUCGACCAGGGUGUCCUCCUCGUCACCGGCCCCUUCAAGAUCAACGGUGUCCCCCUGCGACGGGUCAACUCCCGAUACGUCAUCGCCACCUCCUACAAGGUCGACGUCUCCGGCCUGGACCAGAAGAAGGUCGAGGAGGUCUCCCAGCCCAAGUACUUCACCGCCGAGAAGGCCAAGGACAAGGCUGGCGAGGAGGCUUUCUUCAAGCAGGGAGAGAAGCCCCAGAAGAAGCAGAUCGCCAGCAGCCGCGCUGCUGACCAGAAGGCCAUCGACAAGCCCCUGAUUGCCAGCAUCAAGAAGGUCGACAUGCUCGCCAGCUACCUUGGCAGCUCUUUCAGCCUGCGAAAGGGCGACAAGCCCCACGAGAUGAAGUGGUAGACCUGCUGUUGGUCCUUUUCCUCGCCCUAUGCCAGGGAAAACGGGGAAGGUCUUUCUGCGGGGCCGCCUGGCCCAUCCAAGCCAGGCGCGGGAGGGCAAGAGAAGGGGGGGUGCGGCGUCGAGCAGCGGAUGUAGCAUCGCGGCGAUGGAUUCGGCGCGGUGCGACAAACGGGUUGUAGAACGGGAAGGGUCUCCGACAUGGGCUGGUUUGGCCAAUUGCAUUUGGAAGUUGACGGCAUCGGUCACAUCUUGGCGUCUGUAAUCAGGUUUUACAGUCAAAAAAAUCAAAACGAGCAUAAAUGAAAGAGUUCCGCCAGGCUUUUUUCUGGUUAGGAGCCGUGAUGAUGAUC